GAGACGCAAUCUCAUUCUCAUCGCGGAGUCUGCGAGUUGCGGAACAUUUUCAGUUCUUCAACGGUUUUUGUUCAUUAUCAACCGCGUUCCAGACUUGAUAUUUUCCCUGGUGCACAAUGUUCGUUGCUUUGAUACUCUUCCUCACCCUAUCGCCGCUUCUUGCUUUUUCCUACAACGUGGACACGAGUCACCCUAUCAUCUACGAAGAUCGGGAACCUGGAGGAAAUGGAUAUUUCGGAUACACCGUCGCCCUCCGAUCUGGUCAACACUCUGCUGUCUCGGCCAGCAUCUUCAUUGGUGCUCCAAAAUACAAUAAAGGUGAGGGUGCCUUGUACCGGUGCUCCGUAAAUGUGAACGAAACACGUAGCAACUCCUGCCGAAGACUGGAGCUCGACCAGGCAUCCAUUUCAGAAGAAAUUAGAGUACAGGGUUAUACAAAUCUGAAAAUUACACGAUUUGGGACCGUCGGGUGGCUUGGAGCAAGUCUCGCGACUCGAGAGAACUCUGAUCUUACGGUCUGCGCUCCACGCACGUCAUUCGAAUAUACUGCCAUUGACAGGUUCAAUCGAAGCAUGCCUGCGGGGCUGCUGGACGAUAUGCGUGGAAUUUGCUACAACCUGCCUGAUGCCAUCGGCGACACCCUUUACCGCGAUAACUCCGUGUUAUUACCUGGCGAAUACUUGUCACAAAACCCCAAUAUCAAUGCUCUGUAUGGAUUCUCCAUCAACUAUGCUGCGAAAAAGGAGCUGAACACCGUCGAGCUAAUCAUUGGGAGACCUAGAUUGAACAAGGUCGAUAUUCAUCACGAAAAUAAAACGGAGACCAGAGUAUAUCCCGGUCUCGGUGCUGGCGAUUUUGACGAGGCAUUAGCGAAUGCCGCAGUAGGUGCCAAUCUUGGUAAUUAUAGCCGCGGGCUAUCUUGUAAACUUGCCAUCAUUUGUUAUUCGGAUGAAAUUAAAUCGAGCAUUGCCGACGUGAUAUUUCCAGGCUACUCUGUCACCUCGGGAUAUUUUUUCCGUUCCCAAGAGUUGGUCUUUGCUGCUGGAACGCCAACGUGGAAUUUUAAGGGCCAGGUCGUAGUUUACUUGCCGGGUACUGCGUGGGAAACAAAAAUCGACGGUUCCGUACUGGGCGAGUACUUUGGCGCGAGUUUGACCACCGGGGAUUUUGACAACGACGGUUUGGAUGACAUUGCCGUAGGUGCGCCUCAUUGGGGCGAGGUCGACUACGGUCGGGUCUACACAUAUUACGGCAACAAUAAGGGCGUCUUUAGGGAAGGUCUGAUGCUCCAGGGUACAGCAGAAUACGGACAGUUCGGUUACACCCUGGCCGCCGGUGAUCUGGACAAUGACGGUCACGCAGAUUUGGUGGUUGGCGCUCCGUGGGAGGCGUCCGGUGCCGUUUACGUCUUUUACGGUCAGCCUGAGUUCGGGACUAAAGGAGGAUUUACUCCGAUAACUCAACGAAUCGCACCUUUGGACUUUAAAAGCUCUCCUCUCAUCCAGGGUUUCGGAUUCUCGCUUGCGAUUCCUGUCGACGUCGAUAAGAAUGGAUAUCCCGAUUUGGCAGUUGGUGCGUACAAAUCUGGCCACGCUGUUGUAUUGCGGGGUAAACCUGUCGUGAAGGUGGCACCUCAACUUGUCUCCUAUACACCUAUAUUAGAGAGAUCCACUCGCAGUUUUGUCAUCGGCAUCUGUGCCGAGUAUCAGGGAAAGAGGGCACCGGAAUUUCAAGUGUUCAGGGUCGAGAUCGCAGCGGAUGAAGAAUACAUGCGUAUUGAAAACGACGAAACUACGAAGUUGUUUACAGCACCGUUCACGCGUGACGAGAUAUCGUGCGUCAACAAAACGCUUCAUCUUAGGGGGGGAUUUAAAAAUUUUGUCGAACCAAUCGUCAUUCGCGGAAGGUUCAGCAUCAGCAAAAAAAGUAAAGAGGGGGAUAAAUUCUGCUCACGUUGUCCUGUUCCGAACAAGGGGCAGUUGCUGGAAGAAGCGGAAUUGUUAAUACCUUUCAAUACCGGAUGUGAAGGCGGCAAAGUGUGCCACUCAAAUUUAUCAAUCAGCUGGUUUGCUACAGGUGUUAGCAACAAUGAUCAAUGGGCUGUGGGAUCGGGAGACGUAAGUAUUGAUAUCCUAGUAACGAACAACGGAGAGCCAGCGUUUCGAACGAAUAUCACGAUCAAAAUGCCACCGGGAGUUGGUCUUCGGAAAGGUAUACCAUCCUGCUUGGAGACUAAAGAGAGAAAUUGCGUAAUUCUGGAAUGUGACAUCGGCAACCCUGUUUCCAAGGGGGAUCCGAAAUCAUUAGCCGUCGAUCUCGAUAUGGAGGGAAUCGCAAGUUCGGCUGGAGGGACGAUUUUGCCUUUUACCGUUACUACGAAAACAUUGAGCGUUAAUCACGGCGAAAAUGAAAGUGUUUUCUAUUUGCGACUCGAAAACAGAGCUCACAUAACGCUGAUGGGGGUGGCUAACGAACAAAACCACGAAUAUGAAAAGAAAGGGAAUAAUUCGAAGCUUUCUAUUCGGCACACCUACCAACUUAUAAAAAUAGGACCAUCGUCACUACCGAAAGUACACUUUGCGGUCGACGUACCCGUCGCCAUUACAGAGAAAAACGUUUCCAUUGUGGACAUUCACCUUCCAGAGCUGGAUAGGUCUGGAAACAUGCAAGAAUGCUUGAUCGUCGACACUGUAACAUAUAAGAAAACCAUUCUGCCAAACCUAUUACAUUCUCUGCGGCUGACGAAGACUCGCGGAGCUCCUGAGCUGAACGUGGAGGAAAAGGUGGAAGAGCCAGAAGUCGGUGCAAAAGAUGAAGAAGAAAUACACCGUGGAGAGAGAAAAAAUGGAACGCUUCUGGAGGGAAAGACUAGCAUUGACGGUCAAGGCACCGAUCGAACGAUUUAUGUCAAUUGUUCAACAGCGGGCAUAACGUGCCACACAGUAAUGUGUGAUUACAACAUAUCAAAAACGUCUGGAGACGUAGGAAAUUCGAUCCUGGAUAUGAUGUUUGACGUACAACCAUUAUUCACAUCGGACGAGAGUUUCUUCCUUGUAAACUUCAGCACCGACGCGCGAGCACUAAUCCUUGAACCGACAUCAUUAGUCACGAUGAAUGGUUCGCGCUUUGUGGAAGCUAAAGCGUCCACGAUACUCUACAAGUUGCCGAAGACUGAGAAAUUGGCGGGUUGGGUUUUACCAGUUUCGUUAUGCCUUGGUCUUUUGAUACUGGUACUUCUGAUCAUCAUUUUGUCGAAAGUUGGCUUCUUCACUAGACCAAAGAAGACACGAAUCGGGAAGGCAAAUGAUAUGACAUUAAGGUUGAAGGCGGACGACAGCUACAGCGAUCUUGAUCUUCCGGAAUGAGCGAAUAUACAAUGUACGGAGAUUCUCAGGUAAAACGAAGAACCGUAUACUGCAGGACGGUUGUGGGUUACAAAGGUACAGGGCUACUUGCCAUUUCACACCGUAGAUUAAAAUUCGCUACUAUUGUGAUUUAAAUAAUUAAGUUCUCACGUAUCUCUGAUAUUUUUUCACCAGUUCAUCACUCACGCGUUUACAUCCGUAAACUGAGGUUUUGUCAAGUAUCACAUGUGUGUAUAUAUAUAUACAUAUACAGUGGACACAAUAUGACAGUUUUACAGAAAUUUCUUAGUACCUAGUAUAGUGAUGAAGAAUCCGAUUUAAAAUUUGUAUAUUAUUAUCAUCGCUGUUACUUUCGUUGUUUUUGUAUCUUAUGCCUUAAUUAAAUAGUAACUUAUGUUUCACAGA